AUGGAAGGCCGUGGCCUAACUCUCCGCAGCAAGUCGCGUCGUGCUCGACCCCAGAUCAGUGCUCCGAAACCCAUCUCCGGACCUCUCCCCUCGAACCACAAGUCGCCCGAUUCCAGCCAGAAGUCCGCGGCGUCGGGUUCCCGCGAGCGCCCUGCCACCAAUGAUGCAACUUCAGAUCUGGUGAAGCGCAGAUAUUCAACCCGGUUUAACCAGGUUCCCGAUUUCGAUGCCAGUGCCCCUCCGGUUCCUAGCCUUCCCCAGGUACCAGCCAAUUAUGGCGGCCUAGCCCCCCCUCCAACGGGCAGAAAGCAGUCUUCGGACUCUUCCCACCCCCCAAAGGUGGAUUUGAAUGCUUUGCGGGACCCUAGCUUACCAGUAGAUCGAUAUGUUGCUCAUCUUCUCGCAAAUGCCUCAGAAGAGGAAAUUCAAGACUACCAAACUAGCCUCCGGAAGGUUAAAAACAGGACGUCUACCGAUCUCCAGCAGAACGUAUACCAGAAUCGAACCCAGUUCAUCAAGAUCAGUAAAGAAGCGGAAAAGCUCAAGGGCGAAAUGCGGACUUUGCGCACUCUGAUGGCAGAGCUUACAACAGCCUUGGGGCAGACCGCAAUUGGAAACACACCGAAUCCCAUGUCCCCCACGAUAGAUGAGCGUCUUCCCAAGCGACACGCCAAUCGCAGCUCUGUCGCCAACUUGGAGAGCAUGUGGAAUGUUCAACUCCAAACUCUGUGGAAGACAGUGGAAGGGUCGCAGAAGUUCUUGCCUGCGGUAUCGGGUCGGCAUAUCGUGCUGGAGACUGGCAAUUGGGUUGAGCUGGACUCCGCGACCUGGAAACCGAGGCGGCCGGUUCACAUUGUGCUUUUGAAUGACCAUAUCUUGGUCGCGGCCAAGAAGCGGAAACGGGUAGACCCGAGUAACCACCGAGGCCCUGUCCCGACUAAGCUUGUGGCCGAAGAGUGUUGGCCCUUGCAAGAUAUCGACAUGAUUGAUCUUGGUGCCAAUCUUGGCACUGGCGUGGACCGCGAAGAGGCUGAAGAUCGUGGCAUCGCAAAUGCCAUCAAUAUCAGAGUGGGCUCUAAGCCAUUCACAUACCGUCAGGAUAGGAACAACCCCGUGAAGAACGAACUGUUAGGUACAUUUCGCAAAACGGUGGAAGACCUUCGACGUAAUCUCCGAUCCGAGACAGAAGCAGCUAGCAAGUCCAAUGACUCUUUCGGUUACCUAGGCGGGAGGCACUCGUCGUACUCACCCAAGCCAGAGACAUUCGAUAUCAAUGACAGCCUUCGCGAUAAACAUGAACUUCGUAUCGAUGUGGAUGGGAAGCAGCAAAAUCUUCGCUGGGUUGAAGGACAGGUAGAUGAGCUUGACAUUGAUAUCGCCCUUCAGCGAUUCGAAGAAGCUGUUGCUAGCAUUGAACGGCUCAGGAAGCUGGCCAAGGGCUUGAAAGGCAAUAUAGUCGCGCAGGACGUGAUAAACCUCAAGGUCGAUGAACGAGCAGCCAAACUGGCCGGUGUCUUGUCUCGGGGACUGGUGACCACUCACUCAUUCCCGAAUGCCACCAAAACAAACGUCAAUUGGCUUACCCGCUUGGGAUUCGAGGAUCAAGCACGUGAGGCCUACCUCAAAGCUCGAUCUGAAGUGGUUUCUAAACGAAUUCGCUCUUGCGUUUUCGAGGGAGAUCUUCCGCUUUACAUCUACCAGAUCUCAUUUGUUUACUUCACCCUGAUCAAGAAUACUAUCAGCAUCUACCAGCAAUGUUUUCCAUCCGUGAUGACCAGCGCCUGUAUCAAAUGGGCCAAGCAACACCUGGACGGCUUCAACGCUCUCCUCGCUAGGCAACUUAGCAGCGUUCAGCGCGGCACCACCGUUUGGCAGAAGUGCAUCGACGGUGUACGAGACCAGGCUGGUCUUCUGAUGGAAGUAGGCGUCGAUUUCACCGACCUGGUUGGCAGUGGGUUGGAUGUUAAUGGCGAAAUCAGCGAGAGGCCGCAGAUGACUCGUUCCGAAUCACUUAUUUCAGGACUGGCGAAUACUGCCAAGGAAUAG